AAACUAAGCAUUUGAUCCAGUCCCGCUGCUACAGGCUAUUCGGUAAUGAAAUAUUUUUGACAAGAACUACACUCACCACGUAAACGCGUGACGAGAAAAAAAGAGCAUUUUACACACCCCCUCAGACGAAGUUUAAAAAGACAGGGAGAGGGAAGGCGGCGAGUUCUAGUUUUCCCCAGAGAACGGUUCUGCAAAGAGAGACGCAAGCACUUUUGCAAGAACGCUGGUGUCUAGAAUUUCCUAGUUGGGAAGGAUAGUACUAACCCCCUAUGCCACCAGCUGUCCCUGUACUUACUUUGGCUUGAAUUGCUCUGCUAAAAUUACUCAGCUGUAUAAAAGUCUUUUCAGGUGACUUGCUUAUAAUUUGACGGUACCGAAGAUGGCCCAGCUGCUGCGGACUCCCCUGCUCUCCCCUGCUGUGAUCCAGGGUGCCUCCACUGGCACCCUGGAGGUGAAGGGACCCCUCAGUUUCUGGGGUGGGGGCAGAGCCAACCCACUGGACACAAAACAUGCCGAACCGGUUUAUGAGCCUGCUACCGGCCGUGUUCUGUGCGAAUUGGUUCCAUGUGGACCUGAGGAGGUAGACCAAGCUGUUAAAAGUGCUCAUGCUGCGUAUCUGAAAUGGAGUAAGAUGUCGGGUAUGGAAAGGGCCCAUGUGAUGCUGGAGGCUGCACGCCUUAUCAGGGAACGGAAAGAUGAGAUUGCCAAGGUUGAGGUUAUCAACAAUGGCAAAUCCAUCAUAGAGGCAACUGGAAAUGUACAAGGUGCUGCACAGUGCAUUGAAUACUUUGCUGGCCUCGCUGGCACAUUGGCAGGCCAACAUAUCCAGCUUUCAGGAAAUGCCUUUGCGUAUACACGACGUGAGCCCUUGGGAGUGUGUCUGGGUAUUGGGGCUUGGAACUUCCCCUUCACCAUUGCAGUUAUGAAAUCUGCCCCUGCCCUUGCCUGUGGCAAUGCCAUGAUAUACAAGCCCUCUCCCAUGACCCCCCUGACAACAGUCAUGCUGGCAGAAAUCUACACCCAGGCAGGCGUUCCAGAGGGGCUCUUCAAUGUGGUUCAGGGUGGAGCAGAAACGGGUUCUCUCCUCUGUCACCACCCCAUGGUGGCCAAGGUUUCCUUUACUGGAAGUGUUCCAACCGGCAAGAAGGUAAUGGAGAUAUCUGCUAAAGGUGUGAAACCUGUUACUUUGGAACUGGGAGGAAAGUCUCCGCUCAUCAUUUUCAAGGACAGUGAGCUGGAAAAUGCUGUGAAGGGGGCUCUUAUGGGUAAUUUCCUUACCCAGGGGGAGGUGUGCUGUAAUGGAACAAGAGUCUUUGUCCAGAGGGAGAUCAUGCCCCAAUUCCUGGAGGAGGUGGUUAAGAGGGCAAAGACCAUUACUGUAGGGGACCCCAUGCAAAUUGCAACUCGUAUGGGGGCUCUGAUCAGCCGGCCACAUCUGGAAAGGGUUCUGGGUUUUAUAAGCCAGGCCAAAAAAGAGGGGGCCAGAGUGCUUUGUGGUGGGGAACCCUUUGUUCCCAAUGACCCCAACUUAAAGGGUGGCUAUUUUAUGUCUCCUUGUGUGUUGGAUAACUGCAGAGAUGACAUGACAUGUGUUAAAGAGGAGAUCUUUGGGCCUGUCAUGUCUGUGCUUCCCUUUGACACUGAGGAGGAAGUAAUUGAAAGAGCCAAUAACACAACAUUUGGCUUGGCAGCUGGGGUCUUCACAAGGGACAUAGCACGUGCCCAUCGUGUAGUUGAAAACCUUCAGGCAGGGACCUGUUUCAUCAACAACUACAACAAAACAUCUGUGGAGCUGCCUUUUGGAGGCUAUAAGAUGUCAGGUAUUGGUCGAGAAAAUGGCCAGGUGGCAGUCGAGUACUAUUCACAACUGAAGACUGUGGUAGUUGAGAAGGGUGAUGUGGAAAGUCUCUUCUAACUUCAUAUUAGGGAAUGGUUUUUCCAGUCCAUCCUAGAACAGCUUAUGAAGCAUUGGUAAAGUACUAAUUUGUACUGAUGUAUGCAACAUGGCUAAACAUUUAAUUGAUCUAGUUGGGAAUGUAUACAUGUACUGUAGCUGUUUAACAAUGUUACUGUAGUCUUUCUUAAUUCCUCAUGGUUUAAACUAAGAACUUUCUUCUUGCCAAACUGUUUCAAGUUGUUGCAAUUUGGGACUGGUUUAAUAAAGUAUAUUGCAG